AUGGCAAUGCCCAGAAGCAAUGGGGCCGUUGGUAGAAAUUUGGUCAUGGAGACUUCUGAUGACGUAGACAGUGUCCAGUCUGGCAACUCUUCAAAGGUGGUGUACACGUCCAGGUCUGCUCACCCGGUGGAUCACGGGUGGGCUUGGGUGGUGAUGUUUGGUUCCUUCGGCGUCCACUUCCUGUCAUUUGGCUUCAUCCGGUCAUUCGGUAUCCUGUUUCUGGAGUUUCAGGCCAAGUUCGAGGCCAGCUCGGCCAUGACGGCGGUAGUCGUGGGAGUUCAGUUCUGUGUCUACAGUAUCUCAACCUUCCUGGUGGUUAAUGUGGUGCUAAAGCGGUUCUCUGUCAGACAAAGCUGUCUGCUGGGUUGUUGUCUGCAGAGUCUGGGUAUUCUGUUGAAUGGAAUAGUGGCCGACAUUAGAUAUUUGUUAUUCACACAAGGAGUGCUGUUUGGUAUUGGUCUGGCUCUCAUCUACUGCCCAUCUCUGAUCAUCAUCAGCCAGUACUUCGAUUCGAGAAGAGCCAUAUCGACAGCCAUGGCUGCCAGCGGCGUCAGCGCUGGUGGCGUUACCCUUCCCUUCCUCAUGCGUUACUUUGUGGAAAACUACGGUCUUCGUGGCGGGCUGAUGCUUCUGUCAGCUGUCAUGUUUAACCAGGCUGUGUUCGUCUCCUUGUUUACCCCUCCCAGCCAGUACACCUUUGUUGAGUCGGGAACUUCCAAGAAGGGCCAUGUUUCCAGUGAUAUCAAUAUGAAAGAGGCCACAAGAAAUGAUAAUGAGGAAGGUAGUCUACACAGGGAAAUUCCCACUUCCGUCCAUGACCGGAAGUUAGAUGAGAGUGUCGAGUCUUCGAGUCCACUAGAUCCAAUAAGUAAUCGUUCAUCCGAUACGAAUGAAUCAAAACUUAAAAUGUCUAAUCAAAACAAAACGAAACAAUUCAGAGAACGAGGAAACUCUGCAACGUCUCAGGACAUGUCGCUGCUGCAGAAGGAUCCGUUACAAGCUCACUCUUGGAAAGACAGUGUCCUGGGAGUGUUGCCCACGUCGGGCACGGAUCUCUAUGGCAGUUUGUACGACGUCAGUAGCCAGAAAAUAGUUCCCUGUGCAAGGAAUCAAAGCCCAUCUAACGGACGAUACGAGCUGAGCGAUACAGAUGUAGAUGAUGGCAAAAACACUAAGGGUAAGACAAGAUGGCGCUGUCGUUUACCGCCAGUAACCAGAACUCUUCACUUCUGGAUCCUUCUUGUCUUCUUUGCCUGUGGUGGAACAGGAUCCGGGUUGCCGCCCAUUUUUCUCCCUCCUCUGGCUAAAGAGAAAGGAAUGAACGACAAGGCUUCCUUUCUACUGAUGAUGUCAGCGGCCACGGAGGUCAUCGGGCGCUUGUUGCCAGGUGUUAUUCUCCACUUGGGAAUCAUGGGACCGUGCACGGUUUUAAUAGCCCCACUAGUAGCAUGUGGCACGUUGUACCAGUUCACUGCGCUCUACGAUGACUUUGGCAGUCUCCUGGCCAUGGCUCUACUUAUUGGUCUCUUCACCGGAUCCUUCUGGACCAUGCAAAGCCUUGUGGUGAUUGACAUCUACGGCCUGGACAAGUUGGGCCCAAUGCUGGGAUUUUACGUACUGAUUGUUGGUCUCAGCCUGGGAGCUUCCAACCCCUUCAGCGGUUUGCUCAGGGACCUGUCGGGCAGCUAUUCUGUAACAUUUCAUUUCUUCGGAAUCGUCUAUUACAUCGCCGCCCUGAUGAUGGUCAUCGUCCUGGUCCUCAAAAGGAUCUCUAGCAAGAAGAGACGGGAUGCUGCCAUCAGCGACCAGAACAUGCAGCUGAUGUCUACACAAGACAGGGUCUAG